CGUAAGGCCGGGUUGGCGGCGGACCUCUAUAAGGCAGCCGGGAUAAUCUCCUCUAUAAGUGGUAAUCCUAAUCUGUUCGAGUACACCUCUGGACGCUUUUUAUACGCAGUCCUUAUAAGACUACCUUAUAAGUUGACCUUUCCAAAGUAUUACGCAGUGGCCAGUGAAGCUACUACACUAACACUUCUGCGUGCUUAUAGGGCCCUAGAACGAGCCUCUCUGGAGGUUAACCGUAGCCUAUAUAAGUCUUUAUCCAGAAAGCUCCUCCCCUUCUUUCCCUUUAAAUAUAUUAAUCUCGAGCUAGGGAACACCUUUUCUAUAUACUUUAAAGCACCUACUAAGCGUGAGAUUAAAUUUUGUGAAAGAUUUACGCCCUACCUCGACGUCCUAUCCGACCACUAUAUAUCUUACCCGACUCUUCGCUAUCCGGACUUUUCACCUAGUAAUAUUAUUAACGGAAAACUAUAUAUUAUGAGCGAAGCUUUUUUAAUAAGUAUAGGCCCCCUAGGAAGGAGACUCUAUCUUAUUAAAGUACGCGAUAUUAUAAGUCCUUAUAAACUGGCCUAUAUCGCUAGAUAA